AUGAUUACAGAGACCUUCACCAUUGAAGGGAUCUCUCUCACUGCCGAGUUUCCAUUUCUGCGGACCGCACUUCAGCACCUUCCUGUCACGACAUUCAUCACUACAGACAAAAAUCCGUCUGUUGUUUUUCCAUCGGACCCUAUUCCUAAUUACAGCCAAACUUGGCCAACUGGCGGCGACGGCGGCGAUCAUACACCUGUUGAGGGAGGUGAUGGGCAUCAGACGCCCGUCAGCAGAGCCGGAGGCGGAGGCGGAGGCGGAGGCGGCCCUGCUUCUGUAACCGCUACUCCAACAUACACGAUUACCGCUGGACCAAGUUCGGUCGUCAUCAAUACGCAAACGUUUACAGUCGCUCCGGGAAGCACUUCUGUAGUUACCGUUGAUGACGGUGGAGUGUUUACUAUCAACCCUACCGCGGUUGUUGGUCAAGGUGCCACCGUUACCCGACCGCCAUCAGUAAUGGGACCCUCGUCGUCAGUCUUGGGUGGUAUCCCCGUCACUUCGGCAGGUCCCAAUCUCGAGAUUGGCGGAGGCACAUUUCCUAUUCCCACAUCCGGCUCGAGUACUGUUCGCGUCAACGGCAAAGAUGUAACUAUCAAACCGACUGAAGUAAUCAUCGGCGGCAACACCAUGGCCCUCACGAAACCAGCCGCAUCCGAUGUCGUUGUUGCCGGCGGCGAGAUGCUUACAGUCAUUGGCCGCAGUGUCGUUGUCCUCCAUUCCGUUACUUACACGUAUGGGAGCGGCAGCGCUCCCAUUGUUCAGGUCAUCAACGGCGACACAAUCACUAUUGGGCCCACUGGAGUGAUUGUACAUGGUUCCACGAUUGGUGGCGUGUCCGCUCAGCCUACCGACACUGACUAUGAGAUUGUUGGCGGAGCGACUAUUGCCAAGCUCCCUCCCUCGAUGGUGAUUGUGAAUGGGGAGACGUAUGCGGUUGGUCCCGGGGUUGACACGAAAAUCGUCACCAUUGGCGACCAGACCUUGACCAUGGGACCAAUCGGUCUCGUCAUGGCCAGCACUACGAUGAGGUAUCCAUUCGAUACCUCCGUCACCACCACCAUCGUUGGCCGUGCAACCGGCGAAUCCCUUCCUCAGGAGACUGGCAAAGGGGAAGAAGACGCUGCCUACUCGCUACGACCAGACGUGCGCGUCGGUCUUGGGUGCCUCUGCAUUGUUUUUGGCGUUUUGGUUCUUGGCUAG